AUGCCUGCGCCGGUCGAGUCAUCCAAGAAGCGCAAAUCUGUCAAAAAUGGAGGUGCCCCUUCCAAGCGUCGUGCCGUGGCUGAGGAGGAUACCUUCGCCGAGACCUUGUCUAAAAUCCAAGAGCUCGAAAAUCAGAUUACCGAGUCGCGCAAACACUAUAACAAUAUUGCGACCUUGAUUUCCAUGUUAAAUGUCGAACCCUCCGCCAAGGAACCCGAAUUGGCCGUCGCCGUCGCUCUGUGUCGAGUCUUCAGUCGACUCAUUGCCGCCGGCAAUUUGACCGAAUCCAACCGCGCCGCUGAAAACGAGAAGAUUAUUGUUGCUUGGUUGAAGGAGCGAUGUCUGGAAUACCAGCGCGCACUGAUGGCAAUCAUGCGUGAGGCCGACCCUACCUCCCAAAUCACCGCUUUGACGCUGGCCAUGCGUCUUGUGAAGGAGCGCAUCACCCACAUCCCCGGUGCCGACAACAAUAUUUGGGCUACCUUGUUCAAGGAUAUUCUCGCGGCCGUCGUCGAGGCGAACAAUGGUCAGGAUCUUCAAACCGAGUUUGUUACCAAAUUCGUGAAAGAGUUCGAGGAUGUGCGGUUCUUCACAUUCGUACAAUUAGCUGAAUAUGCCGACGUGCGAAGAAGUCCCGAAACCCUUGAUACUCUCGUUUCGAUCCUCUCCUCCUGCGACGACGCCCCCGCCGCCGACCACGAAUUCGAAUCCUUCUUCGUCCCCCGCGAGACCAAAACCAAGCAGCUCAACUCCGUCAACGCCCACAAGAAGCGAGCCCAGGAAGCAUGGCUCGCCAUCCUGCGAAACAACCUCUCCCAAACGCAACGAAAGAACCUCCUCCGCAUCAUGGUCCACAACAUUGAGCCCUGGUUCAGCCGACCCGAGCUACUCAUGGACUUCCUGACAGACUCGUACAACGUGGGCGGCGCCACCUCCCUCCUCGCCCUGUCCGGUCUAUUCUACCUCAUCCAAGAGAAGAACCUCGACUACCCGCAAUUCUACACAAAACUCUACUCCCUCCUGGACGCCGACCUCCUCCACUCCAAGCACCGCUCCCGCUUCUUCCGCCUCCUAAACACCUUCCUCGCCUCAACCCAUCUUCCCGCAACCCUAGUAGCAAGUUUCCUCAAGCGUCUCUCCCGCCUCGCGCUCAACGCACCCCCCUCCGCAAUCGUCGUCAUCGUGCCAUUCAUGUACAACAUCUUCAAAGACCACCCAACCUGCACAUUCAUGAUGCACCGCACAAUCCGCGACAAGGACGUUGCCGCUGACGUCGAGAAAUACGGCAUGGACGAUCCCUUUGAUAGCAACGAAUCAGAUCCCACCCGCACCAACGCGAUCGAGAGCAGUUUGUGGGAAAUCGAGACCCUCCAAUCUCACUACCACCCCAAUGUCGCCGCCAUCGCGCGCAUUAUCUCCGAACAGUUCACCAAGCAGGCGUACAACCUGGAAGACUUUUUGGACCACACGUACCAGGGUAUGGUGGAGUCUGAUCUUGGGACGGGAGAGCGUGUGCUUAGGAAGACACCUGUUGUGGAGUACCAGAUCCCCAAGCGUAUCUUUACGGACCGGUUGUUGGAAGAGGAUGGGGGUGUUGAUUCGGGCCCGGCUGCGUUUUUGCGCGAGUUUUGGGAUUUCUGA